AUGGUUCUAAGGAUUGGAUAUGUCCGAGAACAUUUUUGUUCUCCCCUGCUGCAAUUCGAGGCAGAAGACAAAGGCUCAAUGUUUACUCUCGUCGAGUGCCCCAGCGGCACAGGCCAGCUGAUUUCCCGACUCACGAAUGACGAGAUCGAUAUCGCAAUAGCGCUCACCGAUCCCUUGAUCGCAGGGAUUGCAAAGGGCUCAGAAGCGUACAAGCUCGUAGGGAGCUACGUUACGUCACCUCUCCGCUGGGCGGUCAUCACGGGCAACAAACCCUCAACAUACAAUCAAAUCUCCGACCUCCAAGGCAGCACGAUCGGAAUCUCAAGAAACGGCAGCGGGAGUCAGACGAUGGCGUACGUCAUGGCGCUGCAGCAGCGCUGGGCAACGAGUGAGCUCAAAUUCCAAGUCAAUAACGAUAUCCGCGGCCUCAUCGAUUCCGUGAAUGACGGGACGACGAGCGCAUUCAUGUGGGAAUGGUUCACCACGAAGCCUUUUGCAGACGCGGGUGAAUGCCGCUUCAUCGGCCAAGUCCCAACGCCAUGGCCCUCCUGGCUUAUCGCAGCGCACCCGACACGUGCAGAACCAGCCGCCGUACGCACCUUCCUCAACAAUCUCUCGCGCCACGUUCGUGCAUUUGCCUCUGCAGAGGCUCGUGCGGGCCCGAGCGUGAAGUUUGUAAUGGAGACGUUUGGCUAUCCUGAAACGGACGUGAAGGAGUGGCUUGAUGCUGUGGAGUAUCCUGAAGACUGCGCAACGAUACCGUGGAACGUCAUCGUCGACACGUUGGGAGUCCUCCAACAAGCGGGCGCGGUGGCCUCACCCGAAGGAGAUGUCAAGCGGGACCGAUUUUUGAAUCUGGACGUCGUAAAGCUCGUUUGA